AUGGCUCCUCUCCCCAUCAAGUUUACAGAGCUGGUCAAUCCGGCUUCAAUUGGCUUCACCUCAUGUACACUAGAAUCCGAUCACUAUGUCUGUGUCCGCCAAAAGCUCGACGAAGACGACAAGCCUCAAGUUAUCAUUAUCGACCUUAAGAACAACAAUGAGGUCCUCCGGCGCCCCAUCAACGCUGACAGUGCCAUCAUGCACUGGAGCAAGAACAUUAUUGCCCUCAAGGCGCAGGGCCGCACCGUCCAGAUCUUCGACCUCGGAGCCAAGCAAAAGCUCAAGUCCGCAGUCAUGAACGAAGAUAUUGUUUACUGGAAGUGGUUCAGCGAAACCUCUUUGGGUUUGGUCACCGACUCAGCAGUUUACCACUGGGAUGUUUAUGAUGCAACACAACAGAACCCUGUGAAGAUGUUUGAUCGACUUCCCAAUCUCUCGGGAUGCCAAAUUAUCAACUACCGGGUCAACGCCGAGGAAAAGUGGAUGGUAGUGGUCGGUAUUAGCCAGCAGCAGGGCCGAGUCGUCGGAUCUAUGCAGCUCUUCUCGAAGGAGCGCGGCAUCUCCCAAUUUAUCGAAGGUCACGCCGCCUCCUUCGCCAACAUCAACGUCGAGGGCUCCCCUCUUCCCCACAGCCUCUUCACAUUUGCCGUGCGCACCCAGACAGGCGCGAAGCUCCAGAUCGCCGAAAUCGAUCACCAAGAACCCAACCCGCGAUUCCAAAAGAAGGCCGUCGAGGUCUACUUCCCACAAGAAGCAGUCAACGAUUUCCCUGUCGCGAUGCAGGUGUCUAGCAAGUAUGACGUGGUUUAUCUGGUUACGAAAUACGGCUUCAUCCACCUGUAUGAUCUCGAGACGGGCACUUGCAUCUUCAUGAACCGCAUUUCCAGCGAGACAAUCUUCACCACCGCUGCCGAUGGCGAGGGUGCCGGUCUUGUUGGUGUGAACCGCAAGGGUCAGGUCCUGUCUGUGAGCGUCGAUGAAUCAAACAUCGUCCAGUACCUCAUGGAAAACCCCGCCAUGUCCGGUCUGGCCGUCAAACUCGCCUCGAAGGCCGGCCUUCCAGGCGCGGACCACCUGUACCAACAGCAGUUCGAUUCUCUCAUGGCCGCUCAGGAUUACACUGAAGCUGCCAAGAUCGCCGCAAACUCUCCCCGCGGUUUCCUCCGCACCUUGGACACUAUCAACCGCUUCAAGAACGCUCCCCAGACUGGUCAGAUGUCAGUUAUCCUGCAGUACUUCGGUAUGCUUCUGGACAAGGGCUCGCUCAACCGCUAUGAAAGUGUGGAGCUUGUUCGACCUGUCUUGCAGCAGAACCGUAAGCAUCUGCUCGAGAAGUGGAUGACAGAGAAGAAGCUCGAGGGCUCAGAGGAGCUGGGUGACAUCAUCCGUCCUUACGACAUGUCUCUCGCUCUGAGUGUCUACCUUGAUGCCAACGUUCCCAACAAGGUUGUUGCUGGAUAUGCCGAAACUGGCCAGUUUGACAAGAUUCUCGCCUAUUCCAAGCAAGUGGGAUACCAGCCCGACUACACCCAGCUGCUCCAGCACAUCGUGCGAGUCAACCCUGAGAAGGGCGCUGAGUUCGCCACCCAGCUCGCUAACGAGGAGAGCGGUGCUCUGGUCGAUCUUGAUCGCGUCGUCGAUGUCUUCCUGUCGCAGAACAUGAUCCAGCAGGCCACUUCCUUCCUAUUGGACGCUCUCAAGGACAACAAGCCAGAGCAUGGCCAUCUGCAGACUCGUCUCUUGGAGAUGAAUCUGAUCAACGCCCCGCAGGUGGCAGAUGCCAUCCUUGGCAAUGAGAUCUUCACCCACUUCGACCGUCCUCGCAUUGCCCAGCUUUGCGAGAACGCUGGUCUCAUUCAGCGUGCGCUGGAGAACUCUGAUGAUCCUUCUUUCAUCAAGCGCAACAUUGUCCGCACCGAUAAGUUGAGCCCCGAGUGGUUGAUGGCUUACUUCGGUCGUCUCUCUGUGGAGCAAACUCUGGACUGCUUGGACACCAUGCUAGAGUCUAACAUUCGCCAGAACUUGCAGUCGGUGGUCCAGACCGCCACCAAGUUCUCCGACCUCCUCGGCUCUAACCGUCUCAUUGACCUUUUGGAGAAGUACCGCACCGCCGAGGGUCUUUACUACUACCUUGGAAGCAUUGUCAACCUGAGCGAGGACCCUGAAGUGCACUUCAAGUACAUCGAGGCUGCCACUGCUAUGAACCAAGUCACCGAGGUUGAGCGUAUUUGCCGUGAAAGCAACUACUACAACCCCGAGAAGGUGAAGAACUUCCUGAAGGAGGCCCGUUUGACCGAGCAACUUCCUCUGAUCAUCGUCUGUGACCGCUUUAACUUCAUUCACGACCUUGUUCUGUACCUCUACCAGAGCCAGCAGUUCAAGUCCAUCGAGGUUUACGUCCAGCGCGUCAACCCUGCUCGUGCCCCUGCCGUCGUCGGUGGAUUGCUCGAUGUUGACUGUGACGAGAGCAUCAUCAAGAACUUGCUCUCGACUGUCGACCCCUCCGUCAUUCCCAUCGAUGAGCUGGUCUCCGAGGUUGAAAGUCGCAACCGCCUCAAGCUUCUGUUGCCUUUCCUCGAGGCCACUCUUGCAACGGGCAACCAGCAGCAAGCUGUGUACAAUGCUCUUGCCAAGAUCUACAUUGACAGCAACAACGACCCCGAGAAGUUCCUCAAGGAGAAUGACAUGUAUGACACUCUCACUGUCGGAAAGUACUGCGAGAAGCGUGAUCCCAACUUGGCCUACAUCGCCUACCGCAAGGGCCAAAAUGACCUCGAGCUCAUCAGCAUUACAAACGAGAACUCCAUGUACCGCGCUCAGGCUCGCUACCUUGUUGAGCGUGCCGAUCCCGAAAUCUGGACCUUUGUCCUGAGUGAGAACAAUGAGGGCCGCCGUUCCCUCGUGGACCAGGUUAUUGCCACUGCAGUCCCCGAGUCUACCGAGCCCGAGAAGGUGUCUGUGGCUGUCAAGUCCUUCCUUGAGGCUGAUCUGCCCGGCGAGCUGAUUGAACUGCUCGAGAAGAUUAUCUUGGAGCCCUCGCCUUUCAGCGACAACACCAGCUUGCAGAACCUGCUGAUGCUGACUGCAGCCAAGGCCGACAAGGCUCGUCUGAUGGACUACAUCCACCAGCUCAAUGAGUUCUCUGCCGACGAGAUUUCCGAAAUGUGCAUCAGCGUUGGUCUUCACGAGGAGGCCUUUGAGAUCUACAAGAAGGUUAACAACCAACUGGCCGCCGUGAAUGUCCUCGUCGAGAACAUUGUUAGCAUUGACCGUGCCCAAGAAUUCGCUGAGCGUGUUGAGCUUCCGGAGGUCUGGAGCAAGGUUGCCAAGGCCCAACUGGAUGGUCUUCGUGUGACCGAUUCCAUUGAAUCGUACAUCCGCGCCGAGGACCCCUCCAACUACAACGAGGUGAUUGAGACUGCCACUCACGCUGGUAAGGAUGAAGACCUAGUCAAGUUCCUUCGCAUGGCCCGCAAGACCUUGCGCGAGCCCUCCAUCGAUACUGGUCUUGCCUUCUGCUUCGCUCGUCUGGACCAGCUCGCAGAGCUCGAGGACUUCCUCCGCUCCACCAACGUUGCGGACAUUGAGGCAUCCGGUGACAAGGCUUACGAGGAAGGUUACCACCACGCCGCCAAGAUCUUCUUCACUCAAAUCUCCAACUGGGCCAAACUGGCUACCACCCUGGUGCACUUGGAAGACUACCAGGCUGCCGUUGAGUGUGCCCGCAAGGCCAACAGCGUCAAGGUUUGGAAGCAGGUCAACGAAGCCUGCGUCAGCAAGAAGGAAUUCCGCCUUGCCCAGAUUUGCGGUCUGAACCUCAUCGUUCACGCCGAGGAGCUGCAGAGCCUUGUGCGCCAGUACGAGCGCAACGGAUACUUCGACGAGCUGAUCGCCGUCUUGGAGGCCGGUCUCGGUCUUGAGCGUGCUCACAUGGGUAUGUUCACCGAGCUUGGCAUUGCUCUGUCCAAGUACCACCCAGACCGUGUCAUGGAGCACCUCAAGCUCUUCUGGUCUCGCAUCAACAUCCCCAAAAUGAUUCGUGCUUCCGAAGAAGCCAACCUCUGGCCCGAGCUUGUGUUCCUGUACUGCCACUACGAUGAGUGGGACAACGCUGCCCUUGCCAUGAUGGAGCGUGCUGCCGAUGCCUGGGAGCACCACUCUUUCAAGGACAUCAUUGUCAAGGUUGCCAACUUGGAGAUCUACUACCGUUCUCUCAACUUCUACCUUCAGGAGCAGCCCCUUCUGCUCACUGACUUGCUCCAGGUGUUGACUCCCCGUAUUGAUGUCAACCGUGUUGUGCGCAUCUUCCAGAGCUCUGACAACAUUCCCUUGAUCAAGCCCUUCCUGCUCAACGUUCAAUCCCAGAACAAGCGGGCUGUCAACGAUGCUAUCAACGAGCUUCUGAUUGAGGAGGAGGACCACAAGUUGCUUAAGGACUCUGUCGACCAGAACGACAACUUCGAUGCUGUGGAGCUCGCCCAACGCCUCGAGAAGCACGACUUGAUCUUCUUCCGCCAGAUUGCUGCCAACAUCUACCGCAACAACAAGCGCUGGGAGAAGUCGAUCGCUCUCUCCAAGCAGGAUAAGCUCUACAAGGAUGCUAUUGAGACUUCUGCCAUUUCCUCCAAGCCGGAGGUUGUGGAAGAUCUCCUGCGCUACUUUGUUGAUAUCGGCAGCCGAGAGUGCUACGUCGGCAUGCUCUAUGCCUGCUACGAUCUCAUCCGCCCUGACGUCAUUAUGGAGAUUUCUUGGCGCAAGGGUCUGCACGAUUUCACCAUGCCCUUCAUGAUCAACUUCCUCUGCGAGCAAACCCGAUCCAUUGAGCUUUUGAAGAAGGACAAUGAGGAGCGCAAGAACCGCGAGAAGCAAACCCGCACUGAGGAGGACAGCACUCCCAUCCUGCAGGGCUCACGGCUCAUGCUGACUCAGGGUCCGCAAUCUGGCGGCGGUCUCACCCCCCAGGCCACCGGUUUCCGUGGAUUCUAG